AUGUCGUUUUUCAUCCCCAAAUGUCCAAUCCUUGUGGUCUGUGCGGUCGUCAUGUGUUUCAUGAGCAAAUUGGAUCCGAACGAUUAUUUCUUGCCCACCAUUCUCUUCAAGGAGAAACAUAGUAAUAAUAGUGGUGGUGGUGGUGGUGACUCCUCAUCUGCUGUGGUGGACGAUGAUAACAUUGACAAGCAUUUUGUCAGUGAUAAUAACAAGAAUCUGAGGAUCGGAGUCCAAGAGAAUAACAACAAGAAGGACGGAACUGCAACGAAAUUGGAUAAGUUUGCCAAUGCAGGCAAAGACAAAGCAGCAGGAUCCAAAACUGUGAAAGAGCAAGAUAAAAAGUCAGACGACGCUGCCAAUGUAUCGUCGUCUCGAAAGAAUGCUGAAGUCGAGGUUGUCGUGGCCAAGAGUGUCUCCAAGGAAACGGCGAAUGCGCCCAGCAACAAGGCCAACAAUGGCACUUCCAGCGGCGGUGCAGCUGAGAAACCAAAGGAAGGUGGCGACUCGAAACCAAUUCCACCGUCCCAGCUACGCAAGAAAAUACCGGAACGUACUGACAAGCCCUUGUUCAUUCUACACAUUGGUCCUCCCAAGACUGGCACGACUACCUUGCAAUGUGAACUUGGGGAAAAGUUCCAAGAGUUGAAGGAGGAAAACUUUUACUAUCUAGGAACCUACUAUGCUCCACUGUGUGGAUUGCCCAAGGACCAUUUCAUUGAUGGAUUUUUCGAUGCUACUCGACCAGUGUUGCUGCACUGCUUCGCUGACCAUGCCAACCAAGAUUGUGCAGAGGACAAGCACAAUGCGUGGAAACAGUUUGAAGACGUUGUACUGUCACAUAAGGAUCACAAUGUCAUUAUGUCGGAUGAAAUGUUCCACCAUCACUUUUUGGAGGAUGAUGUCAAGCGACUAGCCAAGAUUCUGAAUCCCCAUUGGGACGUGCGAAUCAUGUACACCUACCGUCACUUUCAUUCCAGUCUACCAAGUAUGUAUCACCAAUUGAACGAUCCAUAUGCGACGCAACCGGGAAUGGCCUAUUCUCAUGAAAAGACAAUCUGGCCAGAAGAUGGCGGAUACAAGAUUCUGUCCUUCCGUGAGAGCAACCACUUUAAAAUCGACGAUGAAAUGGACCGAUUCAAUUUUUGGGCCGAAUCAUUCAAAUGGGUGACAGUAUUCAACAUGCACAACACCAAAGGAAAGGACUAUCUUCCAGCCUUUUUAUGUACCAUGAUUCCAGAAUCCAAGGCACUCUGCCAAGAAGCAAAGAAGACGGACGCAUCCAAGCACAAGGACAAUGAUUCCUCGUCCAAAAUUCUCCAUUACGAUAUGCUGGCUGUGGAAGCACGGGAAGAAGGUUUAUUGGAGAAUACCAAAAAGACUCGAGAAGAAGUUCGCGAUGCCGUCCAAGAAUUCUGCAAAUCGAAGGAUUGGGAGUUUACACACUUUCCUUUGGACUGCUUGUCUGAGGAGGAAUUGGAUUCCUUCUUGCAACAGUCCCUCAAGCAAGCUGCCAUUUUACAUCCCUAUUUUGCCAAUCCUCGGCCAGACAGUGCCCCCAGUAUUGAAUCGGAAAUCCGAUCGGGAUUCCAAGACUAUCGCACCAAGAAGAAGUUCUGUUCCGUCAACACCAAGAAAACCCUGGAAUUGCAUCCAUGGAGACAGUUUUUCCUCAAUUUAGAAUAA